AUGAUGCCUCCAAGACUGGGGCGAGGGCCAAGCAGGCCGCUAUCCAGCGCGGCCACCGUUCACGGCGUCGUGCAGGGAGAUUGUGUCACCGACUCCACAAUAUCCCAACUCGGCGUCUUUAAAGGUGCGAGUCAAGAUCGACCGCAGCUGAUUGGGCUUCCAGAUGGGGAUGAGACCACCCUCCGCGAGUUCUGGACAAAGCUGGACAAUGACCAAAUGCAGUUUUGCAGUCGAUGCCAAGAGAGUUGGUUUCAGAUGAAUAUCGAUACCGACGGCAUUUGUGCGCGUUGCUAUCGAAAGGAUGCGAAACGCGGCCCCCGCGAGCCGUAUUUCUUCUCUGCGGAUAAUCAGCUCGACUUUGGCCCUGUGUCGGCCCGGUUGCCCGAGCUUACGCCUACCGAAGAGUCGUUGAUUGCUCGCGUUCACGCCCACGUCAACAUUAUGCUUGUGCGAGGGCAGCAGUACAAAUAUCGGGGGCACGUCGUUCACUUCCUCCGCGAGGUUGGCUUAGUGUACAACCAGCUCCCGCUGUUGCCGCAGGAGUUGAACACUGUAUUAUUACGGCCUGCCAAUACGUCGUCCCACGCCAAUCUUAGCCGGCAAUUCACCCGCCAGUUCCGUGUGCGCCGCCAGGCGGUUGUGAUAUGGCUCAACUACCUGCGGCGCCAUCAUCCUGGCUAUCGAUGCAUCGUUAUCGACGAAGAGCGGCUGAGCCAACUGCCUGAGAAUGGCAAUAUCCUGGAUGCAAUACCCCAAAGUCAGGUGGAGGCUGCCGAUGUUGGACCCGAGGAAGAUCACGAGGCAGAGCCUGACCUAGAGGACGAAGCUGCGGUGCCGGACCUUUUGGCCAAGGACACGGAGCUCGAUGCUCUGCGGGCUAUUCUCACUAGAGAAUCAGAAGCUGAUGCAGAGCUUCCCACGAACGUCCAGGCUCGGCCGCAACACGAGUUGCAGCUCCCGAAUAUACGGCACACGCCAAUAAACGAGUUCAAUCGCUCUCAUGCCCUUCUCUCCUUGGCCUUUCCUGCCUCUUUCCUGACGGAUUACAUUGAGCACGCGAUGCGUUGGCAUGACGGGCGUUUUGCCCGCCACCCGACCUUCCGCUUCGUCGCAUUCAACACUCUAAUGCGGUCACAGCACAGCGAGGACCCCGAGGCGCAGGCGCUGAUCAACUCGAUCACAAGACACGCAGUGUCUAUUCGCGGUACACGCCCCUUCUGGAACAAAAAGAGGCAGGACCUGGAGGCUUAUGCCUAUAACCUUGGCUGUCCUGCUGCAUUCAUCACAUUUAGCCCGGCAGAUCUGCACUGGCGGAGUCUCUACCAACACAUGCCCCGAUAUGAAGAAUGGCUGGCCGCAUCCGAGUCGGAGAGGAUGGCUCUAUCCCGCCAGUUAUUGCGGCAGAACCCUCACAUUGCAGCUUUCCACUUCUACCGCCGAUACUGCUUCUUUCGGGAUAUCGUGUUAAGGAAGAAGUUCAACGUCACGGAUUACUGGGAUCGGUAUGAAUGGCAGGGCCGUGUUAUGAGGAAGGAAGGAAGGUCGUACUUCGUCUUCGAGGCGGCCCGGAACGACAGCCUCAUGAACCAUUUCAAUCCUGCUAUUGUCCUAGGCUGGCUGGCCAAUAUCGACAUAUCUCCUUGCACCAGCUUACAGGCGGUUAUUACGUACGCUGCGAAGUACUGCAGCAAAUCUGAGAAGAAGACCGAGCCAUACUGCAAGCUGGCCGACCAGGUGUUGCCACACACAGCGCACCUUCAGCCCCUGCUCUCCUUCUCCUCUCGCCUUAUGAAUAAGCUGAUUGCCGAGAGGGAUUACUCGGCGCAAGAGAUUUCCCACCUGCUGCUCAACAUCCCUCUGCAGGAAGGUACGCGGAUGGUGGUGUACGUCGACUGCCGCCCGUUGGAGCAUCAUGCGCGGUCGUACCGCGUCGACGAUGAUGUCAAUGAGACUGUCGGCAGCUACCAGAAAUAUCUGGAGAGAAAUGGUCAGCAUGAACGAGUAACCUACCUUGAGUACCUUCAGUCGUACAAUCUCAAGACGUGGAGGAUACUCUGUGCGAACGCGAAGAAGAGGUUGAUGAUGGUCCAUCCGCAUCGCUACCCAGAGGAGUUGCUCACUGUGGGCGGGCAGCGGUUCGAAUCUUUCGCGGCCGCGUACCAAUACUGCCGACAGCAGCACCAUUCCCAUGAGGACGACCAUUACGGAGAGCCAGGAGCAAAGGAACUGAGGGCAGAGGACGAUCAGUUUGAGCUGGAGGAGCAUGUGGAUCCCGUUGUGGAAGAAGAUUGGCAUGAACUCGCCCGCAUGCUGCCGGAUCAUCCGCUGGGGGAAGAGGACAUCGACAUACUCGGCCGCCGAGACCUCGAUCAGCGUCUAGUGUACGACACGGUCAUGGACCACUUUCUGACCCAGCACGCUUCCCAGCUGCUGCUCCACGUAGAUGGCGGAGGCGGCACCGGCAAGUCAUACCUCAUUAACAUACUCUCCGCCCACCUCCAAGCCGCCGCAGGCGGGAGGGGAACGCCUGUUUGGCGUGCCGCUCCCACAGGCGUUGCGGGAAAUCAGAUUUCGGGCACUACCUUGCACUCCCUGUUGCAUCUCCCAAUCAACAAAGACUUCAAGCCCCUGUUAGCGAUUGACAAGGCUCAGCUCCAGAAGAAGCUUAAGGAUGUCAAGUACCUGAUCAUUGAUGAGAAGAGCAUGCUAGGACUGCGUCAACUAUCAUGGAUCGAUGACCGUCUCCGCGAGGCGUUCCCGAAUCGGAAUGAGGAAUUCUUUGGCGGCCUGAAUAUCCUUGCAGGAGUAGAGAUCAAGGGCCGGAACGCAUAUCGGCGCUUCGACAAGACGGUCUUCUUAAAUGUUGUCCAGCGUCAGCGUGGUGACGACCAGGAGGCAUUUCGCACGGCCCUCGGGGCGAAGCUAGACGAUCGGGAGGUUGCCAAGUUCGACAACGCCUUACGGGUGUACGCCACGAAAGACAGGGUCAACGAGUUCAACCACUACCACCUCGACCGCCUCGGCCGGCCUGUCAUCCAGGUAAUGGCCAAAAACGUAGGCCCUGGCGCCGCGGCAGCGCCUGAUGACAAGCCAGUUGGCCUCUGCAACGGCGCUCGUGGCACAGUUCACGAUAUCGGCUGGGCACCUGGGGCCGACCCCAUCCAAGACCCUCCCUGCGUUAUCAUGAUGGAGUUUGACAAAUACAGCGGACCGGUAUUCCUGACCACCCCUGAUGGCAGGAAGAUUGUGCCGAUUCUCCCAGUGGAGAGGGACUUCCUCAUCGGAGCCACUCUCUGCACUCGCACCCAGUUUCCUCUGAUCGUAUGCUAUGCAAUUACCGUGCACAAGUCACAAAGCAUCACCGAGGACAUGGUCGUUACAGAUCUGUCCUGCCGAGACUUCCAGACUGGUUUAAGCUACGUGGCCGUCUCACGCGUGAAGACGCUGCAGGGUCUGAUGCUGGAUGCGCCGUUUGACCGCAAUCACCUGACUUACGCGUCUCCACCCGAGGGCAUCAAAAUGAAGAUGAGGGAUCAGGAGAUCCGCAGACGACAGGUUCUUACUCGGAACCCCUACGAGACAUACCACGGGCCAGCGUAA